GAUUGGAUUGAGGUUGACCUCAGAGAGGUCAAGGUCAUCACUCAGGUUGAAACUCAAGGUCGACACGGAAAUGGACACGGCCUAGAAUAUUCUGACAAGUAUAGCAUCGAAUACAGGAGGCUGAAGGAUGGACCCUGGAUUAAAUACAAAGAUAGAAGAGGAAACGAGUUAAACUGUUUAAGCGAUACAUCUUUCGUGUGUAUAUACAUGCAUACAAACAUACAUACAUACAUACAUACAAACAUACGUACAUACAUACAUACAUACAAUUUUUUCAAAAUAAUUCAGAUUAUAACCGGAAAUACAAACGCAAAUGAUGCGGUCACGAGGGUUCUAUCUCCACCAAUCAUAGCCAGGGUCAUUCGACUUCUACCAAUCAGCAAUCGGCAAAUGUUAUGUCUUCGAUUAGAAUUAUACGGAUGCACGUGGAAAGACGGAGUCAUAGCCUACAGCAUGCCGCAAGGUGAUCAAAGAAGUUCGGAAAUUGAACUGAUGGACUGGACGUAUGACGGUCACUACGACCCAGAAACCAACCAGCUUACCGGCGGUCUGGGCCAACUUUUAGACGGAUCAGAGGGCCCAACAAAUUUCCGCCUGGUACAAAACAGUACCGGAAAGAGAGGGUUUGAUUGGGUCGGUUGGAAGAAUGACUCUUUCAUGGACAGAGGGCCCGUAACGAUUGUCUUCGAGUUUGAGAAAGUUCGAAAUAUCAGUACUGUGAGGUUCCAUGCCAACAACAUGUUCAACAAAGAGGUUUGUCUGCCUCACUCACAUAGACACACAGACACACACACAGACACACACAUACACACACACAAGGUGCGUGCAUUCAGACGAGCAGUUCUCCACUUCGGCCUGACGACGAAGGGCUACCAACGCAAUCCCGUCGUGUUCGACUUCAUGAGGGACGAGUUGAUAGAGCAGGCUCGAAUGAUCAUAAUCCACGUGCCGCACAGGUGUGCCAAGUAUUUAAAAGUGGAUCUCUACUUCGACGCCAAGUGGAUCAUGAUAUCGGAAGUCUUCUUUGAAAUGAUAUUCGAGCGAGAGAUGCGCUCCCUGCAACAGCUGAACGAUGAGAAUGUAGCCGGAUUACUUGGGAUUUGCCACCACCAUCCUCUGUCCGGCGGAUCCGGACUGCUGGGUUUAGUUCUCGAGUACACCAGAUUUGGAGAUUUGAAAGAUUACGGCAGCCUGGUUCACAUGGCAACUCAAAUCGCAUCCGGAAUGAAAUUUCUCGAACUUUCCGGGAUAAUCCACCGGGAUUUAGCCACGAGGAACUGUCUCGUCGAUGAAUACUUCGCAAUAAAGAUUUCAGACGUGGCCAUGAGCCGGCCUUGUCACGCGGGUGAUUAUUUCUGGGUGGAAGACAGGCUGGCACUCCCAAUCAGGUGGAUGGCCUGGGAAUCUUUGUUCCUGGGAAAAUUCUCGCACAAGAGUGACGUGUGGUCGUUCGGAGUGACAUUGUGGGAGGUGCUAACAUUGGCUAGGAGCCAACCGCACUCUCAUUUAAACAACAAUCAAGUAUUCAUAUCAUACAAUAAAUUGUAUUACAAAGUGUGUUUGUGUAUUAUUUGCCAGGUCUUGGAGAACUCUGGGCACUACUAUGCAGAAUCCGAUAGCAGUUUGAUAAAUUACUUACCGCGCCCACCAAUCUGCCCCAAAGAAGUCUACGACCUAAUGAAGGAAUGCUGGAACAGAGAUGCCACCAAAAGACCGACCUUCCAAGAGAUCCACAUGUUUCUACAGAGAAAAACCGUCGGUUAUUCGCCUGUUGACGAUUUCAAUCAAACCUUUCAACUCGCUCCGAGAGUAGCCGACGGCUACAACGGCACUCACAACAACGUCAGUAACUUACAAAACAUGCAACACAACAACACCGGUCAUGUAAAUAAUAACAAUAAUAAUAACAAUAAUAAUAAUAAUAAUAAUAGCAAUAAUAAAAGUAAUAACCGACUGAAUAGCGGUUUCGCGAGUAGCAGCAGAGUAUUCGCCAGCAGCAAUCCCAGCAGCAACAAUACCGAACCGAAUAACGCCGGAUAUACGAGUAGUGGCGGUAGCUUCAGUAACUGCAGCAGCAGUAGUAGAAGUAAUAAUAGUGGCACCUCGUCGUUGUCGCUUGGCAAUGCAAUAAAAUCGUCAAACGUAGCUACUACUACUACUACCGCUACUACAACUUUGAAUAAUAAUAAUAUAAUUAACAAUGUUACUAAUUUUGUUGAAGUCAGUAAAUGUGGGGCUGGAAUUCCUUUGAUUUGA